AUGCUAACAUCUGUUUUGAAUCUGGUGGCAAAGCCGCUCGAACACGCUCUGCGAUCGUACCAGCGCCGUGACCCCAAGAACGUCCAGAUUGAGCCGCUCUUGCGCACUCUCAAGGAUAAUCUGGCACUCUCUAGAAGAACCGGAGGGGCGGAGCAGAACGAAGUGGAGACUUGGAGCGGACCGGCGACUGGCGGGCUUGCAGUCACGGUCAAGCACACAGUAGCUAGUUUCAUACCGUGGGCCCUGCACCCGAGGCUCAACGCCAUGCCGACACCUUACACACACCGACAGCUACUCUACGGCAUCAAAGUGCUCGGCGCACCUCGCAUUCUUCGCAUCAUUCUCGAAGAGCUUCAGCAGCAGACAGAGGCGGGCAACGCCAGCAUCGCCUUUGACAUUGCCAGCGCGCUCAUCUGCGCCCCGGACGUGACCAGUGACGUUUUGCCGGCCGCCUUGCAGACGCUGGACGAGUCGGGCAACACUACACAAAAGGACCCCGCGCUCGCGGAGGCGGUGGUGCGCUUGUACCGCAAGGUCGAGGCCCAGAUGACGCCGUCGCAAGCGCAAAUACUGCAGGCGGACUUGGAGGCGUCGCUCGACACCUCGGACGCUGUUCAGGCGGCAGCGAACGCGGCGGCUGCCGCUGCGGCAGUGGCUGGCGCAGGGCCCGGGGACCCGAUGCAGAUGGACUCGGUGGGAUUAGAUAUGAUGGCCGGGGUGACGGGCAGCGAUUUUGGCAUGGGAGGAUCCGCCAAUGGGGGCUCGUCCCUCCUGUCGAUGCCGAGAACCUCGACUUCGAGCUCCCCCACGAACCUCAACGCCGAUUUCCAAGUCUCCUUCCCCGAUGCCGACAUCUUUGGUGUUAAAAUCGUCAACGGAAAGCCCACCAAGGCCGUGAUCGACGUCACCAACAACGAGGAGGACUACAUCUCGGUCGAGUUCAUCACCGGCAACCUCACCACCAUGUCGUAUGGCGCCAAGCUUGCGCCCGGCGAAAAGGUUUCUCUCCCUUACUCCUUCGCCGUGGACAUGUUCCCUCAGGACGUCGAGGUGAGGCUCCUCGCCGUCGCAUCCAACUCGGCGGGUGGUGUCUACCAGCUCCAGAUUGGCACCAAUGCGGCGAGCGUCGUUGACCCUCCCGUCAGCAUCUUUGAUCCUCAGAUCAUCUUCCUCUACCUCUUCCUCACUGGCUCGCCGCACCCCGCCCGCAAGCCCAAGGCUGUCGAGCCCGUCGUUGAUGCCAACCUCUCCGGAUCCGAGUCCACCGGCUUCGCGACUGGCAAGAGCUAUGAUGAGAGCUGGAUCCCCGAGAGCCACAUCCGUCCUGCCGCCAAGCGUGUCAAGACUAGUGGCAGCGCCAAGAAGCAGUAA